CAACGACACCCGAAAACAGUUUAUCCAUCUUCCAGAGCGAUUCAGACGCACUCUUAGCAACCAACUCGCUUCAACCUCGAUAUUUCCACUCUCUUCUUCCUCCGUGCACCCUUUCUCAAGCGGAACGGAACGUCCAGAAUCCCCACUAUCGAUAUCGCCCCCCAACCGGCGCCCGAUUUCAGAUCGAGAACCUCCAUACCUACCCAGAUAUCGACCUCUCUAAACAUGAGCGAUCAGCCGGCCCAACUCAGAUGGUCGGCUCAACUCCGCGUUGCACACCCGUCGCGCGUAGCAGCGAAGAACUUGCGGGGAGACAAAAUCCUCCUGCCGCAGUCCGCCCUCGAGCAGCUACUUGCUGCCUCCACAACAACCGGCCCUUCGACGUCACAUAACUUCACCGCAUCGGAUCCGUCUAACCCCUACUCUGUGGCCAAUGCACGACAAGAGCUCUCCCAGUAUCGUGAGAACUACCAACAACUACCUAACCCGUUAAUGUUCCAGCUGGUCAACCCAACAACCGGGAACACUGUCCAUGCUGGGAUUCGCGAGUUUUCGGCUGACGAAGGUGAGGUGGCUUUGAGUCCCCAUAUCCUCGAAGCCCUCGGGAUACAAGAGUGGGAUGUGCAGAACAGCAAGGCCCCGCCAGUCGAGGACGGUGUGCUGGACUAUAUAUCCGAGGUCGACUUUGGGUCCGACGAUGGUGAUGGAAAUGGGAAUGGGGCCCCUCAAAUUACCAUCAAGGCGAAACACCUUCCAAAGGGUACCUCUGUGCGACUUCGACCCCUCGAGGCUGGCUACGACCCCGACGAUUGGAAGCCUCUGCUGGAGAGACAGCUCCGCGCAGAUUUUACCACACUCACAAAGGACUCGAUGCUAUCGAUUCAGGGUGCGAAGGGGGAGGAGUUCCGUUUCUUGACGGACAGGUUCCAGCCUGAAGGAGACGGUAUCUGUGUAGUUGAUACGGACCUCGAGGUGGACAUCGAGCCGCUCAAUGAGGAUCAGGCGAGGGAAACGCUGCGCCAGAUCGCUGCGAACGCCCAACGCGCACCGGGAACCGCGUCGGGAAGCUCGGCUGGAAGUACGAUAGAUAUCUGGAAGGACGUUGAGGGCCAGGUUCGUGAGGGAGACUAUGUCGACUAUGACUUGCCCUCAUGGGACAAGAGACGCGCCAUUGCCAUCGAUUUGACAAUACACGAUGACUGUGAGGUAGACAUCUUCGUGAGCCCCAAAACCAACAGGCAACGGGCAGUUCCACGAGAUACCGAACACACUUUCGGCGAUUUUUCUUCGCCGAAGGAUGGGGUAAAGCACAUCAUCAUCCAGCCGACGAACGUGGAGCUCGAAGGCGCCGAAAGCUUGAUGAUAUCCAUUCACGGCUUCUCUGAUCCAAAGGUUGGCUCGGCACGAACAAAGCCAUGUCGUUACACACUCCGCGCAAGAGCUACCGAUAUCCAAGGCUCUCCCGCCACCGCUGCCGAAACUGGCAGCCCGCAACUGUCUGCAGACGAAGAACAAUGCGCAAACUGCCUGCAGGUAAUACCGAAACGGACAAUGAUGCUCCACGAGAACUUUUGCCUCAGGAACAACAUCGUCUGCCCACAAUGCAAGGGUGUCUUCCAGAAACAAUCUGAGGAAUGGAAGAACCACUGGCACUGUCCCACCCACCCGGAUGCUUACGGCCACGACGCUCAAACCAAGAGCAAACACGACCAUGUCCAACACACGCAACACACCUGCGCGUCUUGCGGGCCAUCCUCGACAUUUACGUUCCCCUCACUCCCCGAGCUCGCCCGCCACCGCACGACGAUCUGCCCGGGCAAGCUGAUCCUCUGCCAGUUCUGCCACCUGGAGGUGCCGCAGGAAGGGGACCCGCUGGACCCGUCCUCGGAGGCGGAGACGGUGAUCUCGGGGCUGACGGCGCACGAGCGGGCCGACGGCGCCCGCACGACCGACUGCCACCUCUGCGGCGCCAUCAUCCGGCUGCGCGACAUGGCGGCACACACAACAAACCACGAGCUCGACAAGGCGGCGCGCGCGCCGCCCAUCCUCUGCCGCGACGCCCUCUGCGGCCGCACCCUGCACGGCAUCGGCCCGCGCGGCCAGGUCAACGGCGGCACCCGCAUGGGCCAGGGCCCCGGCAACGACCUCGGCCUGUGCAGCCUGUGCUUCUCGCCCCUGUACGUCAACAUGCACGACCCCGAGGGCAGGGCCCUGCGCCGCCGCAUCGAGCGCCGCUACCUCUCGCAGCUGAUGGCCGGCUGCGGCAGGAAGUGGUGCGCCAACGAGUGGUGCAAGACCGGGCGCGCCAACGAAGGGCUGGAGAAAUGGGGCAGCACCGCCGCCGCCGCCCUGCCGCUGGUCAAGCCGCUGCUGGAGCAGCUCGCGGACCAUGGGGCGCCGAUGCGCUUCUGUGUGGACGAGGCGUCGCAGCGGCGGAAGAAGACGGCCGAGAUGAUGGCGGCGGAGGGGGUGUGGGAGCUGGAGUGGUGCGUUGCGGCGCUGGAGGCCGAGGGCGGGAAUCUGGCGAGGGCGAGGGGCUGGCUUGGGGAUUGGGCGCCGACCAAGGUUGCU